AGGAGCCGGGGGGAGGAGGGCGACGGAUAAUGAGCUAUUCUUGUACCAGCACAGGCAACAGCCAGGACCCAUCGAGCUCUAACAAGUCCGGCGGCGGCGUUAAUCCCGGCAGUUGCAGCGGCAGCAGCUCUAGCGGCGUUAGCAGCAGCAACAGCAGCAGCAGCAGCAGCGUUAGCAGCGGCGGCGGCGGCGGCGGCAGCAGCGCUAGCCACAGUGUCCGCGGGGGCAAAUCCGACUCGAAACCCGCUUCAGCCGAGGCCAUGAAAGUCAAGAAGGGCUGCAACACGACGGACGUGGGGGUCCCCGUAACCACAGAGGAGGAGCUGUUAGCCAACACGAUAAUAACACCGGAGGACGUGCUGGGGCUACAGAAGAUCACUGAAAAUUACUUGUGCAGUCCAGAGGACAACAUAUACAACAUUGACUUUACACGGUUUAAAAUCAGAGACAUGGAGACGGGGACGGUGCUGUUUGAGAUCACAAAGCCUCCAGCAAGUGACAAAGGAGGAGAGAAAAGAGAUAUUGACCCCAACGCUGGCAGAUUUGUGAGAUAUCAGUUCACGCCAGCAUUUCUACGGUUACGUCAGGUUGGAGCUACGGUGGAGUUCACUGUGGGCGACAUCCCCAUCAAUAACUUCCGCAUGAUCGAGAGACACUACUUCCGUGAUCAGCUGCUGAAGAGUUUUGACUUUGAGUUUGGCUUUUGCAUCCCCAGCAGCAAGAACACCUGUGAGCACAUCUACGAGUUUCCCCCACUCUCAGAGGACAUCAUGCGUGAGAUGAUCCUACACCCCUAUGAAACACAGUCUGACAGCUUCUACUUCGUGGACAACAAGCUGGUCAUGCACAACAAAGCAGACUACUCUUACAGUGGAGGCCCUUAGCUCACCUGGAGGGGGGAGCUGACCCAGGCCACUAGUUUGACUGGCAGACCUAAGGCCCACCCACAUGCGUUUGUGUGCUCCAAUCAUGCUCUCCCUUCAAUCUCUGUCAUUGACAACUGCCUGCUGCGCAUUAAUGCCUGUCUGUGUGAGACCUAGCCAAUGAUUCGGUCAUUUUGACUUCUCACACACAUACAUAUCAUAAAUACGUUCAACACUGCCAUAGUUCACAACACACCAGCAAGAAUGGGUACUUAAAUAUUAAAUCUAACAAUCAUUAGUGAAUUCGUUUGGCAGAAGUGAGUUAGGUUCUGUUGUACUCUUUUGUAUGGAUGGUAAUGUCAGUGAUUUAUAGGGCUAUAAGUUUGGGUUAAAGGCUCACCUCAUGAGACUGACUGUUGCUUGCUUGUGUCUGCAUGAAUGUGUGUGUGUGUGUGUGUGUGUGUGUGGGUAUAGACCUGAACUAAGAAAGAUUAGUCAUUUCUGCCCUACAUAUGAUGAAUAUCUCCUCAGAUUGCUCCCUAUUAAAAUGAGGAUAUAUCAGCUUUAGAAUAGAACACGUCUCGACAUCAUUUUUAUGUGGACAUGAUCUUGAUGUGUUCCAUUAGACAUAUUUUGAUAUGUGAUAAACUCGGCACGUAAAAAACAGAGCACAUUAACUGAGACCAAAAUACAGAACUGUAAUAUACCAUUCGGUCAACUCGGACCAACGUUAUUGCUGUAAUAAUUUGCUGUCAUACAAGGAACUUUCCCCUACGUUGUGCAAAAUGUCAGUGUAAUGUUCUCGCUCACGUCCGCUUUCUACAUUGAUCAUUUGCAAAGGAAAGAUAGAAACGGGUCUGUACAUAAAAUUACAUGUACAAGUAAAAUUAGGACAGAUGAGGGAACAUAAUGUGAUGUGCGUCAUAAGCCUUGACAUGGUUUCUGGUCUGGUUUAUGUGGUCUCUUUUGUACUUUUCAAAAACAGAAGGAAAGAACUGCUUUUUUUUUGUUUUGUUUUCUAAGAAGAAGAAAAUCAUUAGGUCUACAGUGAUAGAUAUGAGAGGUAGUAUUACUUCUAGUCUCUUUCUCCAUCAGGCAUUCCUUCUCUCUCAUAUUCUGGUGAGUUAGGCCACUUAUGGGUGUUAGAGUAUAUAGCAGAGAGUAGGUUUAACAUUGUAUCCAUGAUCCAUUUAUUUGUAGUGCAAAAAAGGUGCAUUUAGGAUAAUAAUUUAAGAAAUGUGUUAUUUUUUUGCUUUAUGGGUUAAAUGGAUGCCCUCAAAGACUCGACUCAUAAGAGUCAAGGUGGUUGAAUUUGAAUAAUGUUUCUAGUAAAAAAAAAGUGACAGCUUUAUUUAUGAUUGUGAUUUACUGUAAAUGAUUUUGAGAAAAAAAUGAAAAAAUAUGUAAAGUUUUGGACAGUUCAGAUGCAAGUCUGGAGAAAAAGGAAUAAAUGUAUAUGUGAAUUUUUGAAA